AUGACCGAAUUACGCCGUUCAGCAAGAGUUGCCUCAAGAUCAAGUACAACGCAAGAAGAGCCCGCCACAGUUACUCAGCCACCAGUGAAGAAAGCUAAGGUGGAAAGUAAUGGCAAUGAAAAAACCAACGCUUCUGCUGCCGAUUAUAGUGAAGACUCCAGUGAGAUUCAAAUUGGCGACAACAUUCCUGAUAUCACUUUGUUGAAUCAGGAUAACAAAGAAGUUAACCUUUCUUCCGUAGCUGCAGACCAUAAAUAUGUCGUAAUUUUUGCUUACCCAAAAGCUUCAACCCCAGGUUGUACACGCCAAGUGUGCGGAUUCCAAAAGAAUUACAAAUUUCUUCACGAUAACAAUGUUGCCGUAUUUGGACUUUCCGCAGAUGAACCAAAAGCACAAAAGAGUUUCCAAACCAAACAGGGAGCUGAGUAUGAUUUGUUGAGUGAUCCAAAGAAAGAAUUGAUUGGAGUCUUGGGAGCUAAAAAGCAACCAACUGGUACAAAGAGAUCACACUGGAUCUUCAAAGAUGGUGCAUUGGUUGUAAAGAAAAUACAAAUAUCACCAGAGCAAAGUAUUGACGGUGCUAAAGAAGAGAUUGAAAAGUACAUUGCUGAAGAAGGUGAAGAAAAUGGAAGUAAAGAGGAUGGAGCUAGUGCUGAAAAGGAUACCAAAACUGCUAAUGGCCAAGACUCUGAUGCUGGUGAUGCCGCAACUUUGAAACCAGAAGCUGGAGUGGGAGCUCAGGAGAAUGGUGGUUACGAAGAAGAUGUUGAAGAUGAUGCUACGCUGAAGGAUCCUAUUGUUUCAGAUGCUGUAAAGGAUGUUGAAAACAAGGCUGCAACUGGGGAGUACGACAAUUUAAAGAAAGAAGCAGCAGCAGAGACUGAGGGUGCUGAUAGUGCAAAAGGUCCAGUAGACCAAGUAGUUGAAGACGCAAUCAAAGACGCUGAAGAAAAAAUUUAG